UCCCGUCAAUCGUAGGAAUUAUGGACUGUAAUGUGUGAUUUAAGUGCUUUUCCAUUUAUUUUUUUAUGAAAAAUAUAUUCCAGCAAUGCCAUGGAGGGUUCUGAUACAAAAGAAAAUCAUAGCUGUGCCGGGUGUUUAAAUGAUUUGGGGGAUGAAGACUACGUAUCCGCGCUUGGGCAGGAUUGGCACAAGGACUGUUUUAGGUGCUCAGUUUGUGAUGCUCAGCUGACGACGUGGUACUUCGAGAAGGGCGGGCUUUUGUUUUGUCAGGCGGAUUACUGGGCGCGCUUUGGAGAUAUUUGUCAGCAAUGUUCAGAGAUAAUAACUGGCCCGGUGAUGGCGGCGGGCGAGCACCGCUUCCACCCGGAGUGCUUCGCGUGCGAGGCGUGCGGCGCGCACAUUGACGACACCGCUACUUACGCGUUACUUGAUAGAUCGCACUUGUAUUGUGGUGCGUGCUACACUUGCUGCGUGGGAACUGAGAGACACGCGAUCCGCGUGGUUCGACUCCCGGCGCGAGCACUGCGGCUCGCCUCUACACGUGGCGCGCUUUCUAUUGCGCACGAGCGUUGCGCGGGCAAGCUGUCCGCGCUCGUGCGCUCUUUACUCCGCGCCGCGCUGCAAGCGUGCGUGCAUCUCACGUGCCAUAGGAUAGACUCAAGCUGUGGUAUGCUCACAUUGCAUAUUGGUGAUCGUGUGCUAGAAGUAAACGGGUCACCGGUGAGGAACCGGCCUUUGGCUGAAAUAGAGCGGGUGCUGGCUAGGCCUGAUGUUAUACAGCUUACAAUAGAACACAAUCCGGACACAAUAAACGCAAAACGCGGCAUCAGUACAUCAAACGACGACAAACAUAAACACGACAAAUCACCAGUAGAAAGGAAAAUAAAGGAAGAUACUAAAGUACCCAAAAAGGCAGAAGAGGAGGGAGUUAAAAAGGAGAGAUUGUUUAAAAGAAAAGGGGAGGAGGGGGGGAAGGUGCGGGUUAUAAAGCGGAGGCAGACACCCGCUUCGCCAUUGCUUGGGGAUAAAGAGAGGAGUAGCAGUAUGUCGAAACUGCUUGAUGUUGUGGAUGGAGAAGAAUCGAGUGGUGUGUUGUGUGACUUGAGCCGGGCGAGAUCGUUCCGAGCAGAACCGGCCCCCGGACAGAAGGUGUUCAGAGCUUCUGAUCUAUUACAGGGUGAACUAUUAGGCACAGGUUUUUUCGGGCACGUGUACAAAGUGACACAUAGAGCCACCAACGAAGUGAUGGUGCUGAAACAACUGUACCGAGUGGAUGAGGAGGCACAGAGGAACUUCUUGAAGGAGGUAGCAGUGCUCCGCUCGCUCCGUCACCGCAACGUGUUGCGCUUCAUCGGCGUGCUGUACCGCGACCGGCGGCUGCACCUCGUCACCGAGUACGUGGCCGGCGGCACGCUGCACGACCUGCUGCAGGUGCGUAGCCCGGGAGACACUGUACUGCGGUCCAUCGGCGUGCUGUACCGCGACCGGCGGCUGCACCUCGUCACCGAGUACGUGGCCGGCGGCACGCUGCACGACCUGCUGCAGAACACAAGCCGUCCGCUAAGUUGGUGCGCACGGGCCAAACUCGCCCGUGACGUGGCCGCCGGGGUGGGAUACUUGCAUCGCAUGAAUGUUAUACAUCGAGAUCUUAAUUCGCAUAACUGUCUUGUACGAGCUGAUCAGGAAAUGACAGUAAUAGUGGCAGACUUCGGCUUGGCCCGUAUAGUGCAGCGCACAGCUAGCAGUGCGCACACACACUCCUCGCUACGACGGAAACGGUACACGGUGGUCGGGAACCCAUACUGGAUGGCGCCAGAAAUGAUGAACGGCAACCUGUAUGAUGAGAAGGUGGAUGUGUUCUCAUUUGGCAUCAUUUUGUGUGAGAUUAUCGGUCGAGUGUCAGCAGACCCAGACUUUCUGCCGCGGCGGUCUGACUUCGGUCUGAACGAGGCGCAGUUCCUGGAUAAGUUCUGUCGCACGUGCCCAGAACCGUUCUAUAGGAUAGCCUUCCUGGCGUGCAAUCUGGAGCCAGACGAUAGACCGCCAUUCGAAGUGAUGGAGAUCUGGCUGGAGUCGCUCGUGCUGCACCUGUCGCAGCCGUUGCCGCUGCCGGCCACACUGCUCGCGGACGUGGAGCAGUACGCGCGCCGCAGCACCGCGCGCACGACCGCCACGCCCGAGCGCCGCGUGCACACUGACAACGGCAUCUUCUGCGCCAACACGCGCAGCCGCGAGGAGCUGCGGGAGCCCCCCGAAUGCGUACGUUGGAGUGCGCUAGGCAAGUGCGUUUCCGCCAGCCAACUCACCGCACGUCGGGUCACACACUCCGAGCCGCGCCCGGCCGCGCGCUCCCGGUCACACCACGCGCUGGCGCCCGGGUACAUACUGCGGGCCGACGGCAAGAAUAUAGACAUCACUAAGGUUGACGAUAUAUCCGAAUGGCUGGACCCUCCACCGCUCAAACGAACAAGCCCAGACUCACAUCUCAAUAACUUGCUAAACGAUACUAAAACUAGGAAAAUUGAGGAUUCCAAUUUACCUGCUUUCCUCAGAAAUCAAUCAGUAGAAGGUUUAGAAACUGAUGAGAAAGAUCACGACCAACACCUGCCCUUCUGCAGACACCAAAGCAUUCCAGACCACUGCGAAAUACAGACUGAAAACGAAUCAGACUCCUCCGACGAUGAACUAGAAAUACAAAUUGACUGCAACCCCAAAAUAUUAACAGACAUUGUCAAAAAAGGGAAUUUACUAGCCAAAAAAGCAAGUUACGAUAUCACAGACUCGCCGGAUAGUCUCGAAGAAUUUAUCCCGGAAAAGCAAGAAAUUCCAAAAACAGUGGAAAAGUGUGAAAAGAACUCGCUAGCUAAGAAAUUGCUGUCGCCAAAACUGAGUCGACUUUUCAAGCCAAAUACGACAGAAGUUGUGAGGCAAAGGGAGGAAGAUAAGGAAAAGUCUAGAAGCAAGUUUUUCGUUCAGCGACCUGCUUCUCCUAUACGAUCUACAUAUAGAGUACGUCCAAGUGACGAUGAACCGAAAAUUAACAGAGGUGUGCUCAAAAGUGACUUAAAACUGGCCAGUUUAGGAAAACCAAUGACGCCCAUAUUUAGACGACAUUUAGAAAACCGACAAGACUUCGACGGUCGAUACAGUUACCGGGAUAAAACCCAAGACAAACUGGAUAGGCGCAAAAUAGAGUUACCGAUACGGAAUGUUAAGAAUUUAACGCCGGUUUUGGAAAAGAAAGAUGAUAAGCCCAAAAGGAGGGAAGGAAUCACGCGUAGCAAUUAUGUAAGACUAGCGAAUCUCAAAAUUAGCAAAGAGCUGAAACCAGACAGUGAAGUUAAGGAAUCUCCAGUAGAAAGGGUUAUAUAGAUUAAUGUGUAAUGGUUUUUAGUUUCGUAGGAAAAAACGCGUAAAAUGGUUGUGAUGUAGAAAUCUUUUUGAAUAUCUCAUGAUUUUUUUUAUAAUUUUUUUGAUGUGUUUGACGCUUAAGGCACUAUUUUAAUCAGUCCACAUAUCCAUGUGGACUUGUUGUGGACAGACAAAAUUGAAUUCCAAAAAAAUUCGUAUACUUAAAUGACAAAAUUAGUUUUUACUAAUUUUAUUAUAACAAAAUAAUGAUUGGCAAAUAUUCCGAUAAAAAAACGGCUGGUCCGAUACAUUUUUCGGAUAUUUUAUAAGGAAUUUUUUGGCACGUGCCAAAAAACGUGCAUAAAAAUUUAGAUUUUUGCUGAAAACGCGUUUUUCCUCGAGACUUAAACAAUUACAAGACACUACACCGGUGGUCGGUAUCAAGCUUCAGAUUGUUAUAUUGUUCCUUCCAUGUUAGCGUUUUAGAAUUUAUGUCAUUUUCUGCUUAAAUGUUAUUUACAAGUAUAUCGUUGUUAUGUCGACCGCCGGUGUAUGUACGCCGACUUUAUUUAUUCUUUUAUAGAUAAAAUAUAGUGUGAAAGUUUUUGUGAGUUUGUUAAUCUAUAACUCAAAAACUCUUGGGCCGAUUUCGAUAAAUUUUGGUGAUUUUUCCCAAAAAAAAAAUUACUCUGAACUAAAUGAACUUUAGCGAUUGUUAUAAAAAACAUAUAUUGUCUUUAUAUUCUGUCUUCAUACAAUUUUUAAGGAUAUUUUUCAAAUAUUAUUAAAUAAAGUCGGUGUACAGUCGUCUCUUGCCAAGUUGGAUAUACAGUUGUUGAGUUGUUAAGUACUUAUUAACGCUUGGAACGGAAUAAUGUUCUAUUGUUUACUUGCCAACAAAAUAUAGUACUUGUAGAAUCUUUAAUACUAUGUUAUACUGAAAUUGUGGUCGCUAUGAAAUAUGUAGUUAAAUUUACAUUUUUAGUGAUUUUAGAAGUAGUAAAAAUAAGAGUUAAAUAUGCCGUUUAUUUAAAGAUCAGAGUAAGGAAUUUGCAAUUCUGAUAAAAAUAAAUACGUUAAAAAACCGACUUCAAAAACGGAAAAGCAAAAAAUAAAAAAGAUUUGAUAUUAUUAAUUACUACAUAUUAUUUAGAUGUGCUAUUUAUUAAAUAGGUUUGAUGGGACCAGCUUGAAGCCAUUCCGCAUCAAACAAAAAAAGAACCACGUAAAUCGGUUCAGAAACUUCGGCGUAAUCGGUGCACAUACAUAAAAAAAUAUACCGGUCGAAUUGAUAACCUCUUCCAUUUUUUGAAGUCGGUUAAAAUUGUUUGAUUUUUAGCGUAAUAUAUGAGAGAAAUAUUUCUGCUUUUAUAUCUACUUAAUUUCCUUUAUAUAAUUAGGGAUGCAUUUUAUUUAUGAACUCAUGAUG